UCACCCUUUGGGCAGCCUUCACCAAGGACAAGAGCCUCCGGUCCAUGCGUUGAACAUCAGAAGGUUCCUGGGAGAGUUGACCCUGCAGAAAGCCGGAUGCCACAGGAAGGGGGGACAUGUGGCAGCCCCAGACAGGCAGGGAUCCUGUCCACGUAUCCCCCAGCCUCCUUCCUGGCUAUGAAGGACUUCACCGAGGUGAUCUUUCAACCAGAGGCACAGAGUCAAAACCAGGAGACCGUCAUGCUGUCUUUGCCACCGAACUUGCUGACUGAGUUCUCCAAUCCCGUGUUUGAGGAGGAUGGCGAGACGUUGACCCAGAACCAGCUGGAGGAAGAAAAGGGCAAUGAUACCAAACUCACCGCCAAUGGAUUUGCUCAGCAAGUGCGAGAGGCAGCAAGCAAGAAAUUCAAGCCAGACUGCAAAUUUUCCUGGCUUUGUGUGACCGUCCUGAGCCUUCUACUCCUCCUGCUCCUGGCCUUGCUUGUGGGCAUCCUAGUCACCUACCAGCUGAAGUCCCCUCCUCCAAGCAAGCCCACUCUUGAGAGUUUCCUUGGGCACGAUGUCGCCAAUGCCACCUUCACUUCCGUCAGGAGGACUUCGUGGGACACCAUCUCCACCACUAGCCCUUCCCAGCGAGAGCUUCAGGGAACCACAAAUCCAGGGCCUUUGUGUGGAGGUGAACUCGGAGGCCCCGAGGGCACUUUCAGCUCUCCCAACUACCCCGAUCCCUACCCACCUAACCUCCUCUGCCACUGGCACAUCCAAGUGAAGUUGGGGAUGGUGAUUCAGCUGAAAAUAGAAACCUUGGAUUUGGAGGCUUCAGAUCUGUGCUUCUACGACCGGCUGGAAAUCUACGAGGAAUCAGAUAGUCUCUCCCUUUGGGAUGGGAGUACCAGGUACUGUGGCACUAUAGCCCCAGCGACUAUCAACACCAACUCUAACCAGAUCAAAGUUGGUUUUGUGUCCGAUGAUAAUACUGCUCCCUCAGGGUUCACGGCGAGGUACCGGGCCAUCCUCCCCAGUGAAAAGAACUGCUCCUGGGAUGAAUUCUUCUGUGACCAGGGACUUUGCCUUCUUCCAGCCUUUGUGUGUGAUGGUCACCAGGACUGCCUGGACAACAGAGAUGAAGCCAAUUGUAGUGCCAAGCAUACAGGUUGUGGUGGGAGUUUGACCAGCCUGGAGGGACAGUUCUUCUCCCCAAACUACCCCAAACCAUACCCACAUCUACAGAUUUGCCUCUGGCACAUCUCUGUGCCUGUGAACCACGUGAUCCAACUGCAAUUCUACAACUUCAGCCUUGAGUCCCACAAAGACUGCAAUUUUGACUUUGUGGAGGUGUACGACAGUGCCGCCAUGGGGGCCAGCAGCCUCAUGGGUCGAUUCUGCAACUCCAAUAAACCUCCUGUGUUGACUUCGUCCCAGCACAUCAUGACCAUCCUGUUCGUGGCUGACGAAGAGAUUGCGGAUGAUGGGUUCUUUGCUAUCUACCGUGCCCAAAACCUGAGUGAAAAAACAUGUGGACCUCUAGAAUUUGUCUGCGGAAAUGGCGAGUGUGUGGCCCAGGAGUUUGUGUGUGACAGCUGGAGAAACUGUCCAGAUGGAAGUGAUGAAGUCAACUGUACCAGCAUUUCUUCCACCUCAGUGGCAGAGGCCUCCUGUGAACCCAUAAAGAUAGAAAUGUGCCAAGGUCUCAGCUACAAUUCUACCUCCUUCCCCAACAUCUGGCUGAUGAUCCCCCAUCAGCAGAGUGCCAAGGAGCUGCUUCAAGACUACAUGGUCUGCAGAAACCAUUCGCGGUGGAUCUGCGAGAGAAGACUGCAUGAGAAACUGGAAGAGGUCAAGUUCUCACUCGCCUUUUCUGCCCCAGAUUGUGCAGAAGACCCAUUUUUAUCCAUCAAGAGGAACCGAGCAAUGAGUAAACAUUGA